ACAAUCUAGACGAAACUCAGUCUUUGCACUUGCAGUCUCGAAGAAGUUCGGGAAAAGUUGGAAGUCUUGCUUAGGUACGUGGUGAUAUUCCUGCCGAUUUUUACUGCUUCAUCUUGUAUAUUCCGGUUGAAAAUGUCAAAUGCAAGAGAGCGGUUACUUUAAUUUAGUUUUUCCUUGCUUAUUUGAUUUCAGAACGAACUAUGGCGCCGAAAGAUGGGGAAGGAGAAACGUAAAGGCUUGCUCGCAGCGAAUGUGUGUUCGUGGUAGUCCUUGGAGAUAAAGAUAUAAGAUAAAGUAGUUUUCUCUAGUUUAUAUCUAAGUUUAUAUGCGUAAUUUUUUUUUUUUUGUAUUGUGCAUGCUUUAUAAAAAGUAUAAAGACAGGUUACAGCGGCUUCUGCGCAUGUGCGAGCUUUGUUUACAUUUUUUGUUUUGAUCCGCAAUGAUUCUACAACAUGAAGUAUAACAUAUAUUCGCAAUGAUUUAUUAACAAAAAAAGAGAGGAGCGACGCUUCUUUCAAAAAUAUAUUUGCGGAAAAAAACUAUAGAAAAAACCAAAAAUAAGCAAAUACAACAUUUUACGGAAACACUUUACAACAGUGGAUGAAAAGCCGCUUUGAAAUCGUAGAUUAACAGCUGGAGCGGCGGCCGAAGUUGUCAUACAAAGGCGCGAGUUCUAAUCGGUUCGCUUUUGGUUUGUUUAUAUUUGGGACUUGAUAGCCUUGGAAGUGUUAGUAAUGUCUUUAAUAAUGAAAUAUACUGUGCGGUAUCUUUCCGCCGUCGAAAACUCAUUCAUACCAGGGUGGUCACAAUCAUGGCAGGAGCAAUUGAAGGAAGCUUUUCGCUUGAAGAUUUCGAAGCUAAUGUUUUGGAAAACGCAGCGGCUAUGCCUAACCGUGACAAAAUCACAGUGUGCAAAUGUAGAGGGCACUGUCUUCGUGAAAAAGGACGGAAUUUCUGUCCGUGCAGAAGCAUCAAUAGCUUGUGUUCGAGCGCGUGUCAUGUCGAAGACUUUGGCUGUUGCAUGAACAACCGACUUGUUCAAGAAAGCGAUAGUGAUGAGAGUGACUCUGAGUUCACUAUAGAGGAGAGUGAGAAUGAGGGCGAGCAGCAGCUGCAGAUUGAAAAGAGAGGACGUGGUAGGGGAAGAGGUCGUCCAAGGGGGAGAGCAAGAGGUCAGGGAAGAGGGCAAGGUACUGCUUCACAGAGACGUGGAACGGGAGGUAGUGGAAGAGGUCGUGGUAGAGGUAGCGGGAGAGGGCGUUUGUUAGAAGAGCCAAAUAUUGCUGAAAAUCAAGCAGAUCAUGAGCAGCAUUUAGUGGAUCUAGUUGAGGCAAUGAAUAUAGACAACCUGAGAAGGCUUGCUCUUGAAUUGCUAAGAAGACAGCCAGCAGCAUUUGCUGACAUUGUUAAUGGUGAGCUUGUGAGCGGAAAUGAACCCCAACCACCAAACCCAGAACCUGAUAAUGAUGCUCCAGAUUGGUGCAAGUGUGGGUGCUGCAUUAUUAUGCCCACUCAAGAAGAGAACAAAUGCUGCACCCGAUCAAGACGUCCUUGUAUCUCAAGAACAAAUCUUUUCAGUCAACUAAUCCUUGAUGGGAAUGUUUUGGAGAUCUCAAUGCGAUACAGAGAAGAUGUUUUGGUGUUGAACAAUGUCAGGAACAAUGAAAACUUUCGCCAUGCUGCAUAUAGACAGUAUGUUCUAUGGCAACAUGGUAGAUUAGGAAGAGGAAAUAGGAGAGUAGUACCAAGCUGUUGUGUGGUUGCUAUUCGUAACCGUUAUCCUUCACCUAAUGGACAGUACAGGGGAUAUUUGCCUGCAUGUGUUUAGAUAAUUUAGCACUUAAAGUAUAAAUGGUGCCCCCAAAAAGUAGACCAAAAUAAACCACAAUCGAUGUUUGUGGGCAUAAAUAUGUUUUUGGUCUGAUGUUAUAGCAGGCCCAAAAAAUAUUAAUGCUCAAAAACAUAAAGUAUAUUAUUAUAUAUUAUAUUAUAUUUAUACAA